AUGCAAACAGCGGCAGCAGCAGCGGCAGCGGCAGUAAAAAGCAACGGCAGAGCUGUAAACACUGUGGUUGGAGAAACCAUGAAAGUAGUAGCUGCAAAUUUAAAAAUUGCAAAUGCAAUAAUUGUGGACGUUGUAGAUGAUAAGUGUCAUCCAAAGUCACCACCUCCUUUCGUCAUUGAUGUAGAAGUGAACGGUGUUAAGCUCGCAUUUGUGCUAGAUUCUGGAGCAGCUUGUUCAUUACUUUCGAAAGGCGAUUUCCAUAAACAUUUUGGGAGAAUCAAGCUAAAGAAAUGCAACGAUCAGUUUGUCACAUACAGUGGUGAUAUUGUGGGGAUUUUGGGUGAGUUUAGUGCUUCAAUUAAGUGUCGUGGACAGUCGCACAAGUUGCGAAUUGUGGUUAGUGAUACGCUUAGCCGCCCUGUUUUUGGUAGGGAUUUUAUGUCACUUUUUGGGAUGGAAAUAAGCACACUGAGUCAGUUAGAUGAUAGAGUAGCGUUUCUAAAAAGUAGAUUUUCUACAGUUUUUGCUGAAGGGUUAGGAACGUAUAAGGUGCAUAAGGUUAAACUUAGUCUUAAAGAGGAUGCAAAACCUGUUUUUUGCAAGCCCAGGCCAGUGCCAUUGGCUUGGCGUAAAGAAAUCGAAAGACAGAUUCAGGAUUUGGUAAAAAAGGGUGUUUUAAAAUUAAUAGAGGAUUCAGAUUGGGGUACGCCGUUAGUACCAGUGUUAAAGUCUAAUGGUGAAUUACGUAUUUGUGGCGACUAUAAGUCGACCAUCAAUAAGCACCUGCUAGAUGUGAGGUAUCCGUUACCUAGGAUUGAAGAACUAUUUGCUUCCCUUAAAGGACAGUUCUUCACCAAACUUGAUUUGUCAAAUGCGUACAAUCAGCUUGAAUUGGUAGAAGAAUCUCAACGGUUAUGCGCAUGGAGCACACAUUUAGGUAUUUUUAAGAUAACCAGAUUACCAUUUGGUGUUAAGCCUGCCGCAGCCAUUUUUCAGAAAACUAUAGAAAACGCAUUGCGUGGUAUACCUAAUGUUGUUAAUUACCUGGACGAUAUUCUUAUAUCAGGAGAUACUAUUGAAGAGCAUAGUAACUCCAUUGAAAAAGUUUUGAAAAGAUUAGAGAGCGUGGGUUUGCCUUUAAACGCUAAUAAGAUUUCAGCAGUCGUUAAUGCUCCAAUACCGAACAAUUUAUCUGAAGUUCGUGCAUUUAUUGGAUUAGUUAAUUACUAUUCCAAAUUUAUUCCUAAGUUUGCUGAGAUUAUGGAGCCGUUAUAUGCAUUGUUAAGAAAGGGUGUUAAAUUCAGGUGGACAAAAUCAUGUCAUUAUGCCUAUGAAAAUCUUAAAAAGGAAAUUACAUCCGAUAGAUUCCUAGCUUCUUUUGACCCCAGUAAACCUAUUAUUUUACAAACGGAUGCGUCAAAUGUCGCUAUAGCCGGGACCUUGUCCCACAGUUUUCCUAAUGGAACAAUUAAACCGAUCGCUUUCGUAUCUCGAGCGCUUUCGACAGCUGAACGAAAUUAUAGUGCUAUUCAAAAGGAAGCACUAGCCAUAGUGUUUGCAGUAACUAAACUGCGACUCUAUCUGCUUGGUAAUAAGUUUGUUUUGCAAACUGAUCAUAAGCCGCUUUUGUCAAUUUUUGGUGAAAAUAAGGGACUACCAGUAAUGGCAGCAGCUCGUAUUCAGCGAUGGGCUUUGACAUUGUCUGGAUUUGAUUAUACCAUCGAGUAUGUCAAGGGGUCAGAAAAUUUUACAGACAAUAUUUCGCGUAUACCUCAAGAUUUGCUUCCUUCUGUAGAUACAGAGGAAAAUAAUUUUAAGGUAAUUGCAAAAGAGACUGCUCGCGACCCCUGUUUAGCGAAAGUAAAAGCCGCUAUUGAAACUGGGAAGUUACAUUUGUUAAAAGACAAAAUAUUUUCGCCUUUUCAAACUAAAAAUUUAGAGCUUUCGAUUGAGUGCGGAUGUAUAUUAUGGGGUUUUAGAAGUGUAAUACCUUAUACUUUGAAAAACCGUGUUUUAAAAGAGUUACAUGCAUCUCAUUUAGGCAUUGUAAAGACAAAAGCUUUGGCUAGGUCGUAUGUUUGGUGGCCUAAUAUAGAUAAGGAUAUAGUAAAUCUUAUAGAUAGAUGUAUUCCAUGUAAAAAGGUUCAGCCUAGUCCAAAGAAAAGCCCACUAAUUCCGUGGGAAAUGCCUAGCUCAGUAUGGUCGCGCAUUCACAUUGAUUUUGCCGGGCCAGUCAAGAAUGUUUACUUUUUAGUCGUAGUUGAUGCAUACUCCAAAUGGGUAGAAAUUUUUAAAACAAAGCAGAUAACAGCGGCAUUCACGGUGGAGAAAUUAGAAGAGCUAUUUUGUAGGUAUGGUUUAGUGGAUGCCAUAGUAAGUGAUAAUGGAACCCAAUUUACAGCAUGGGAAUUCCAACAAUUUUUAAAGGAUAAUGGCAUCAAACAGAUUCUUACACCUCCAGGGUUUCCAGCUACAAAUGGGCAAGCCGAAAAUUUUGUUAAAACUUUUAAAAAAUCUCUUGAAGCAAGUUUAAGCUCUGGUGAAAAAGGAAGUUUAGACAUAGUGCUUAAGAGAUUUCUAUUUGAUUAUCGUACUAUGAAGCAUU